AUGACAUCCACUGAAUCUGAUCCAUCUGCACAGACGGCCCUUGUUCCUGGAGAUGAGGUUUCAGCUCCUCCUCGAGAAGCUCUGCACGCUUUGGCACACUCCCCCUCUCCCCCCGUCAGAGCAGGGCACGGCUCUGGGGCCAAAGAGCCGUCAGAGGCCAGGGGAGGGCUCCGGACCUGCAGUGUGGAGUGUGAUCGGUCGGUGCCAGCCGCUGCUCCCGCCUCCAGCCCCGCUCUUUGGGAUGGCUCACUCACACAUGAAUCACUGUCCUGUCUGAUGCCCCUCCCUCCUUUACUUUUCACUGGCAUUACCCUGCUGGCCCUUGUGCCUCCAGUCAUUGUCGUCCACUGCAGCCUAUAUGCCUAA